AUGGCCGCGGAAGUAGACAGUAGGCCCAGGGGUCUCCCCGGCGGAGGCGCGAGCUUGGGCGCCGCCCGAGAGCACGUGCAGGCGGUCACCCGAAACUACAUCACCCACCCCCGCGUCACCUACAGGACUGUGUGCAGUGUAAAUGGGCCCCUGGUGGUGCUGGACCAGGUCAAGUUUGCCCAGUAUGCUGAGAUUGUCAACUUCACCCUCCCCAACGGGACUCAGAGGAGUGGGCAAGUGCUCGAGGUGUCUGGGACCAAGGCAAUUGUGCAGGUGUUUGAAGGCACCUCUGGGAUCGAUGCCCAGAAGACCACCUGCGAAUUCACAGGGGACAUCCUGCGGACCCCAGUGUCGGAGGACAUGCUGGGUCGGGUUUUCAACGGCUCAGGCAAACCCAUUGACAAGGGGCCAGUGGUCAUGGCCGAGGACUUCCUGGACAUCAACGGCCAGCCCAUCAACCCCCACGACCGCAUCUACCCCGAGGAGAUGAUCGAGACAGGCAUCUCGCCCAUUGACAUCAUGAACAGCAUUGCCCGUGGUCAGAAGAUCCCCAUCUUCUCAGCAGCCGGGCUCCCCCACAAUGAGAUCGCUGCCCAGAUCUGCCGCCAGGCUGGGCUGGUGAAGAAGUCCAAGGCCGUGCUGGACUAUCAUGAUGACAACUUUGCCAUCGUCUUUGCAGCCAUGGGGGUGAACAUGGAGACAGCCAGGUUCUUCAAGUCGGACUUCGAGCAGAACGGCACCAUGGGCAACGUCUGCCUCUUCCUGAACUUGGCCAACGACCCCACGAUCGAGCGGAUCAUCACCCCACGCCUGGCACUGACCACGGCAGAGUUCCUCGCCUACCAGUGUGAGAAGCACGUGCUGGUCAUACUGACGGACAUGAGUUCCUAUGCGGAGGCCUUGCGGGAGGUCUCAGCUGCCAGAGAGGAGGUGCCCGGGCGCCGAGGCUUCCCUGGGUACAUGUACACUGACUUGGCCACCAUCUACGAGCGGGCGGGCCGCGUGGAGGGCCGGGGCGGAUCCAUCACUCAGAUCCCCAUCCUCACCAUGCCCAAUGACGAUAUCACCCACCCAAUCCCAGACCUGACGGGCUUCAUCACAGAGGGACAGAUCUACGUGGACAGACAGCUUCAUAACAGACAGAUCUACCCCCCCAUCAACGUCCUCCCUUCCCUGUCGCGGCUGAUGAAGUCCGCCAUUGGGGAGGGAAUGACCAGAAAGGACCAUGGAGAUGUCUCCAACCAGCUGUACGCCUGCUACGCCAUCGGGAAGGACGUGCAGGCCAUGAAGGCAGUGGUGGGGGAGGAGGCGCUCACGUCCGAGGAUCUGCUCUACCUGGAAUUCCUGCAGAAGUUUGAGAAGAGCUUCAUCAACCAGGGGCCCUACGAGAAACGCUCGGUUUUCGAGUCUUUGGACCUGGGCUGGAAGCUGCUGCGCAUCUUCCCCAAGGAAAUGCUGAAGCGCAUUCCGCAGAACAUCAUCGAUGAAUUCUACUCCCGCGAGGGGGCGCCGCCGGACCCCGAACCCGACACUGCGCUGUAGCCCCGCCCGCAAUCUGGCCCCGGAGCAGGGUCCAGGGACCGCCUUCGUCCGUCCCAUCCUCGUGGUCCACACACCUUAACCAACUCCGUGCCCACCCUCAGCCUGUGGGCUAUGAGGAGAGAGGAGGCCGCUCCUACGUUCCAGUCCUCUCCCUGGAUUCCCCGAAUUGAGAACCAGAAGGUGGUUAAGCCUAUAUUCUCUGUCUCGUUCUGAUAGGAGCAUUUGUAUUUUAAAAGUAGCCCCCAUCCCAUAAGAAUUUAUCUCAUGUAAAAACAAGAUUGGCAAAACAUUGAUAAUUGUUGGAGCUGAGGGUGAUGGAUUCGUGAGGUUCAUUAAACUAUUCUCUCCACCUUGAAAAAACACAUUAGUGCCUUAACCAAUCACAACAUAAUUCUUCUUAGGGAAAUAUUUAUCUUCCCUAAAAAGUAUCUUGAUAUGUAUCUUAGGAAUGUGAGGUCAUGGACCAUAGAAAGCACAGUCUCAAGGCCACGAAAGAUGUCUGCCUAGGAGACACCAGAAAGGAAUUUGGUUUGCUCUGGGGGAGUUUCUGGGGAGACAGCCUGAAGAAAAGCGCCCCCAGUUAAGAAAUGGGUGAAGAGCAUCCUAAAAACCAGGAUACAGAUGUUCCUUUGAAAACUGCUCACUCUUCUGUAAUGCCCUCCCCUCCUGCCUCCUCUGUCCCAUCUACAGUGAAGUCAUGAAUGCUUCCUAAGAGGCAGGGAAGGUUGGGAAGGUCGAUCUUCAGCAAAAGGCUGUGCCCCAUUUCUGGGUCAGUGUGUUAUGGAACCAGGCCAGAAUUCUUGGAUCAAGAGCUGACACCUGGGACUUCCCUGGCAGUCCAGUCAGUGCUUAGGACUUCAGCUUCCAAUGCAGGGGAUGCAGGUUCAAUCCCUGGUUGGGAAGCUAAGAUUCUGCAUGCCUUUCAGCCAAAAAAACAAAACAGAAGCAAUAUCAUAACAAAUUCAAAAAAAAAAACUUUAAAAAUGAUCCACAUUAAAAAAAAAAAAAAAAGAA